AACAUAUCCAGACAUGGACAUAGUGCAAGAACCUCAGGCCACAGAAAGAGAACACGUCUUUAAAACCUCCGAGGUUUCGGACACACUGUCUCAGCUUUAAAGAUUUACACCAAGGUCACUGCUUUGAAUUGAAAGAGUGAAUCUAUAGAGGCUGAACAUCACCAGGCACAAUCUACAAAGAGAUAAACCCAGAUCAGAUGGGGGGUGACAGAGGAUCCACAGUUUUGAAUUAUAAACAUCUCCACGAGGCAUUGUGGGGUUGCAGUUAUGCAAUCACCAGCAUACAGAUUAUCCAGUCAAGUGACAUGGUUGGCCAGAGGGAGGCGCGGUGCAGCCUUUCGUCCUUCAUUUGAAUAAGAGAACAAUUAAUGGGGAAGUUGAGUAAACCCUUGUAAAGCACAGACAGUGGACAGAGCAGGCACGCAAAGACAACAGAGAGGAGCGUUUACCAAGCAUUUUUUUUUUUAUGUUUACUUGUAGAAGUCACUCACUCUGCAUGUGCUCCAACUUUUCACCACUGAGCUGAGUUAAAUCUUCCAAUAGAUGAGGUAUAUUGCUUUCUGUCAAACAAGCACUCUGCACAGUGUGAGACAUAAAAUUGAGUGCUGCCUGCAUAGGCUUUCGUUGAGGAGACUAACACCCCCCCCCCCUCAUCAUCCCACUGUGCGUCUCCUUCUUGGCGCUCUGAACUGAUCAUCAGUAGAAGUGCUCCAGAGCUGCAGCAGCAACUGUGUGCCAUCCUUCCCACUAUUCAGAGUGUGUUGCUCAGGCUGGCUGGCUGCUGCACAGGCACCAUGGAGCAGCAGCAGAAAUCACCUAAGGAUGAGAGCAGCAGCGCCAAAGGACACGAGUCUCUGUCCUACCAGCGGAGGAUGUGGAAGAAUUUCCAGGAGAAAACCAAGCCAUGGCUCAGUCCGAAACUGGGAUCGGAGCGUCGGGGGGCUGCAGGGGGCGCGGAGGGCAGCAAGAAGGAAUCGGGGUUAUGGAUGUUUAAGAGGAAAAAGAAACAGCUGGACCGGGUGUUUUCGUCGUCUCAGCCCAAUCUGAGCAGCUCUGAAAGAGAUAAGAAGUCCCAUGGAAGCGACGCGGUGCCCGGUACCAGCAGCAGCAGCAGCAGCAGCGGAGGUGGAGGUGGAGGUGCGCAUCCUCAGCAUCCUCUUGGAGCAGCUUCUGGAGCCACUGGGAGCAAACCGGAGCUGACGGCGCACGGGAGCCCCAAAGUCCCCGUGCACUCCAAGCUGAUCAUGUACCAGCAGAAGAGCUCCUCUCUCGGCUCGGCGUGCUUCGAGAAGCUGGUGGUGGUGCAGGACCCGGCCGCGCUGCUGGUGGCUGCAGAGGACGAGCUGCUGCUGCUGCGUAAAAACGCAAGUGAUUCUGGCAUCAACAUAGUGGGGCCCAGUAAUGCAGAGCCCCCGCCUCAGCCUCCUAGUCCAGCCAUGUACCAGCUAGAUAUCAUCCUGAAGAAAGGGAACAACCUGGCCAUCCGAGAUCGGACAGGGACCAGUGACCCCUAUGUGAAGUUUAAGAUUGCAGGGAAGGAAGUGUUCAGGAGUAAGACCAUCCAUAAGAACCUCAACCCGGUGUGGGAUGAGAGAGUAAGCCUUCUGGUGGAAACCCUGAAGGACCCGCUAUACGUCAAGGUUUUUGACUAUGACUUUGGACUUCAGGAUGAUUUCAUGGGCUCAGCAUACCUCCACCUGGAGUCACUGGAACAUCAGAGGACACUGGAUGUGACGCUGGACCUGAAAGACCCACAGUAUCCAGAAAACAACCUGGGCAGCCUGGACCUGGCUGUCACUCUGUCACCGAAGGAGGGAGACAUGAGGGAUGCUACCAUGCUUUUGAGAAGGAACUGGAAACGAUCUAGUAAGUAUCAGAGUAUGCGUCUGUCAGAUGUGCACAGAAAAGCCCAGCUGUGGCGAGGUAUAGUCAGCAUCAGCCUGAUAGAAGGUCGCAGCCUCCAGCCCAUGGAUGCCAACGGCCUCAGCGACCCUUACGUCAAAUUCAGGAUGGGGCACCAGAAGUACAAGAGCAAGACAAUUCCCAAAACGCUGAACCCCCAGUGGAGAGAGCAGUUUGACUUCCACCUGUAUGAAGAACAGGGGGGCUUCGUGGACAUUACUGUCUGGGACAAAGAUGCUGGAAAGAAGGAUGACUUCAUGGGAAGGUGUACCAUCGACCUGACGCCUCUCAGUAAAGAACACACAUACAAGCUGGACCGGCCACUCGAGGAAGGUGAAGGUGUGCUGGUGCUGCUGGUUACACUCACUGCCUCCGCCGCCGUUUCCAUCUCAGACCUGUCAGUCAACAUGCUGGACGACCCGCAGGAGAGACACCAGAUCAUGCAGAGAUAUAGCCUGUGGAGGUCACUCCACAACCUGAAAGAUGUCGGCGUGGUGCAGGUUAAGGUCAUCAGGGCUGAGGGACUGAUGGCAGCAGAUGUCACAGGUAAAAGUGACCCAUUCUGUGUGGUGGAGCUGAGUAACGAUCGGCUACAGACGCACACCGUCUACAAAAACCUCAACCCAGAGUGGAACAAGGUCUUCACUUUUAACGUGAAGGACAUCCACUCGGUACUCGAGGUCACUGUUUAUGACGAGGACCGGGACAGAAGUGCAGACUUCCUGGGGAAAGUGGCUAUUCCUUUACUAAAUAUCCAAAAUGGAGAACGCAAAGCCUACGCCUUGAAAAGCAAGGAGCUGACAGGGCCAACAAAAGGGGUCAUCUUUCUCGAAAUAGACGUGAUUUUUAAUGCUGUGAAGGCUGGUCUCAGGACGUUGAUUCCCAUUGAGCAGAAGUACAUCGAGGAGGAGCCCAGAGUGUCCAAACAGCUGCUGUUGCGCAACUUCAACAGAGUUAGACGCUGCAUCAUGUUCCUGAUCAACACCGGCUGCUACAUCAACAGCUGCUUUGAAUGGGACUCUCCACAGAGGAGCAUCUGUGCUUUUGUACUUUUUGUCAUCGUCGUGUGGAACUUUGAACUCUAUAUGAUUCCACUGGCUUUGCUUCUGCCUUUGGCCUGGAACUACAUCCUCAUCGCGUCGGGGAAGGAUACCAGGCAAGAUGUGCAAGCAGUGGAGGACCUGCUGGAGGACGAGGAUGAGGAUUUUGACAAAGAUGACAAGGACCCUAAACCAGGCCCAUGGGAGGACAGCCGUGAUAAAAACCAUAUCCUCGAGGAUAUGUUGGCUUCCUGGCACUUUGAGUGGAUACGAGCUAUGGUGGACUCGGAGAGAAAGGGCUUCAUGAACAAGCUUUAUGCCAUUCAGGACGUGUGCAUCAGUGUGCAGAAUGCACUGGAUGAAGUGGCCUCCUAUGGCGAGAGGAUAAAGAACACAUUUAACUGGACUGUGCCUUUCUUAAGCUGGCUGACCAUCGUGGCUUUCGGAACGGCCACCAUCGUCAUCUAUUUCAUCCCUCUACGAUACAUAGUGCUAGCCUGGGGGGUGAAUAAAUUCACCAAGAAGCUGCGAGACCCUUACACUAUUGAUAACAACGAGCUGCUAGACUUUCUGUCCAGAGUGCCCUCAGAUGUACAAGUGGUGCAGUAUCGAGAGCUGAAACUGGAUCCCAAUCCCAGUCCAAAUAAAAGGAAGAAAAACAACCCCGGGUAGAUGACUGUGUCCGCCCACCAACUCUUCUCUUCUCCACUUUUCUUCUCGUGGUCUAUUACUGGACGCUGAGGAGCAGAGGAAGCAGACGGCUCCCGACCAGCUCGGCUCAGCUGUCCUUCCUUCUUUUUUCUUUCCUAUUUUCUUCUCUUAAGCCUUUUUUUCUGUCUUUAAUUGCUCAUGACACAGUACAGUACAGUACAGUUUCCUGAAGUGUAAUUUUUGUAUAAAAACAAAAAAAGACGAGUACAAGAAAUAUUCCUAUCACCAUUAUGCUUUAAUUGAUUUUAAAGGCGAGUGGGAAGGAUGGAUGGAAUGACCUUUUUCUCCACCGUGUUCGCCACUCUCCUUCCUUUUCUUCUUCUCCAUCACUCUGACAGCUCGGAGGACUCUGUACAUCUGCUUGCCACAAGUGACAAGUGUCACACAACGAGUAAAACGAGUUUUAGCAUUUAUACUCACCGUCCUAAAAAAGACAUUUUCAGUGCAUCCGCGUUUAUCAAAAUACAAGCCUUAUACUAACAUUCUGCAUCAUCACUCUGCAAUAGACUUUUUUUUUUUUUUUUAGCUCAUAUUGUAGUUAUGAAAUGGUUUUGGUAAUAUGUUCAUAUUUUCUAAUUGUUUUUGUACUGAAGUAUCUUUUGUUUUUCUUCCUCUCUUGGAUGUGGUAAUGAUGUUAUGUUCACUGGCAGUAAUUUGGAUUGUUUCCACUUAACUCAGCCAGCCAAGUUGAUUAGCAAUUAUGGUAGUAGCCUCCAGAUAUGUCCUUCUACACAAACACAAACCUGGACCAACAGGCUGGAGGCUUGUGCUGGUAUCUGUCUGUGCUUUAUUACAAUGGCCAAAUUAGCUUUUUGAAAAAAUAUCAAUCCAAAUCAAACCACAGUGGUAUUAGUUUAAAGUACAGUGAGUCUGUUCUUCUUAAAAUAGAUCGUGGUUACAUAAUCAUCAUUAAAUAAUACCCAGAGGAAAAAAAAACAACAGUUGGUAUUUUUUGCCCCUAACCUUUAUCACUACUAAAUGUCCAGAUCAUUUAGCUGUAGCCUCAUUUAACCCCUUAAAAACAUGUCAAAGUCCCCCUGUCAGUCAAUCAGUGAGACAGACACCUUCUCUGUGUGUCAGGAGGCGCAGCAGACUGGGCCUUCUGCUGUCAUGCUGGUGUUAAUAUAGAUGUCACCCAGUCUAUGCAGAGUGUCGCCAGGCAGGCAGGCCUUUAGGCAGCCACAGCCCUAAUCUUGUUUGAAAGGCUGGUCUCCUUUCCUCUCAUCUCCCCGUGUGUUUGCCUCACAAGAAAGAAAGCAUUCACACGCACAAGCAUGUAUGCAUGCGGACACACAAAAAAAAACAUCCUCUCACGUGAAUACACUGCUUCUUUAAGAGAUCUCGCGUACACACACACACUGUACCUACUCGCUCACAGAUGAAAGCAUAACAUCCCAUUUGAGCAGGCAGAUUCUCUCCCUCUCAGGCACACACACACAUACACACACACACACACUCUCACACAAACAUGCUCUCUGUGAUGCUGUGCCCCAGGCUGGCCGCCCUCUCCAUCUGCCCCACCUCCUGUGCCCACAGCUCAACUUUGAUCCGUCUUUCCCGAGACAGAGGCUUGUGUAUGUGAACUGUGUAUGUAAGAGUGUUUGCGUAUACACGUUUAUGCAAUCAAAGACGCGUUGCUUCUCUCAGCGUCGGUGUAUGUGUUACAAUUGUAUCUCCCCCCUCCAGCUGUAGACUGAUGCGUAGAUUCAGUCGAUGUGUGUGUCAGCAUGUAUAAGCGUGUGUGUGUGUGUGUGGUGCAGCAGAAGUGCCAGCUGUUACGCGGUGUGGAGUUUGCUGGUGGAGGCGGCCGUCAGCUAGAUGAGCAGCAAGUCGCUGUGUGACAAGACGAAGGCUCUGAGGGGACUUAGGCCUGAGAUGUCAGGGAUGUGUGUGUGUGUAUGUGUGUGUUAUGCUAUUUCAGAUCCCCUUUCCCAUCAUGCUUCUCUCCGUUUGCUCUCUCUGCGGUUCCCUCAUUCGUCAGUGAGCGGGGUUGCGACCCUGUCUGAAGGGACGGUCUCCUGGGCUUCUUGCUGAGCAUCUGUUGAAAGAUCACAGCUCAGGCUACAUUUGAGGAGGUCUCCUCUCAUCCUACUGAUCCCUGCCUCCAUCUUUUCACCCCCUCCUUCUCCAUCUUUUUGUUCCUUCUCCCCCCUUAAUGUCUGUUUGUCAGUCUCUCUGUCUGUCUGUCUUUAUCUCUUCACCCCCCUCCCCACCACAACUAGAGCUCUCCUCUGCCAUUUUGUCAUCCUCUCGCCCUGCCUGUCUGCUUGUACCCCUCUCCCUCCCUCCCUCUUUACCCAUCCAUCUCCAUGCUUAAAUAUCAACAGGCUCGGAUCUGUCACUCCAGAGGGCCAUUGAUUUUGUUUUGUUGUUUUGAGGAAUCCACUUGAAAGACAAUAACAGACUGUCCCCCAAGAGCAGCGUCGCAGACUGAUUAUAGCCUCCUCAACAAACACACUCUAUGGCUCGUGAAGGAUGGCUUUUUAUAAUGCCUGAAGGGACUGUUUGAAUACCUGAUACGUACUGUAUGUGUCUACUACUGUAUGUAGUUAUUUUACAGCAAAUCGUGGUGACUAUUGUGUGGUAUUGCAUCCAAAUACCGUUUCUUAUUUCUGUCAUUUAUUAUUGGAUUUUAGCUCCGUUUGCAAGCAAACCAAAGUGUUUUUAUUUUGUAUGAUGUAGAGGAAAUAGAUUAUAUAAAGGAAUGUAUCAGACUGUCAGCUGUAAAGGGAAAAAAAAAGCACUUUUAUUUGCACCGAGUUGAAAUGAGACUAUUUAUUUUUUAAAUAAUACUGUACAUAGCUAACUACUUAAUUUAUGUUUGUAUUUUAUACAGUAUGCCUGUUGAUGGUCCGGUGGUGAUGUUGUAAAGUAGGUUUAUGCCUGCCUCAUUUUCUAAGAUGUCUUUUUUCCCGCCUGCAAUGUUGCCUGCCUGUGACAUCAUCUUCAUGUGCCCAGUUCUGACCAAUGACAUUUCAGGACAGGAAUAAGGAGCUGAGACAUGAGUCGGUCAGGAUGGGGGGAAAGAAAAUAUGAUGUAUAUUUCCGGUUUGAGAAAUUAAAUGCAUCUGAUGUAUGUUGCUUAUUUUGAAAGAAAAAAAAAGAAAAAAACAAACACGAGAUUAAAUAUU